CCUUCCUCAUCCAUCAUCUCAUAAGUAGAGCGCAUCAUUUAAGCCAAGCAAGCGGGGGUCAAUAAAAAUCCACCAUGAAGACCUUUCUCAUCCUAGCCCUCCUUGCUAUCGUGGCGACCACCGCCACAAGUGCAGUUAGAGUUCCAGUGCCACAAUUGCAGCCGCAAAAUCCAUCUCAACAACAACCACAAGAGCAAGUUCCAUUGAUGCAACAACAACAACAAUUUCCAGGGCAGCAAGAACAAUUUCCACCACAACAGCCAUAUCCGCAUCAGCAACCAUUUCCAUCACAACAACCAUAUCCGCAGCCGCAACCAUUUCCGCCACAACUACCAUAUCCGCAGACGCAACCAUUUCCACCACAACAACCAUAUCCACAACCGCAACCACAGUAUCCGCAACCACAACAACCAAUUUCGCAGCAACAAGCACAACAACAACAACAACAACAACAAAUCCUUCAACAAAUUCUGCAACAACAACUGAUUCCAUGCAGGGAUGUUGUCUUGCAACAACACAACAUAGCGCAUGCAAGCUCACAAGUAUUGCAACAAAGUAGUUACCAACAGUUGCAACAAUUAUGUUGUCAGCAACUGUUUCAGAUCCCCGAGCAGUCGCGGUGCCAAGCCAUCCACAAUGUCGUUCAUGCUAUUAUUCUGCAUCAUCAUCAACAACAACAACAACAACCGUCGAGCCAGGUCUCCUACCAGCAGCCUCAGGAACAAUAUCCAUCAGGCCAGGGCUCCUUCCAGUCAUCUCAGCAAAACCCACAGGCCCAGGGCUCUGUCCAGCCUCAACAACUGCCCCAGUUCCAGGAAAUAAGGAACUUAGCGCUGCAGACGCUGCCAGCAAUGUGCAAUGUCUACAUCCCUCCAUAUUGCUCGACCACCAUUGCGCCAUUUGGCAUCUUCGGUACUAACUGAGAAGAGAAGAACUCUAGUACUAGAUAUAUGAAACACCGUUUUCUUAAUCGACAGUUUGAUCGUUGUAGCGGUGAAAAAAUAAAGUGUCAUGCACUAUCAUGUAAGAACCCGAACUAUACUAGUUCAAACUUGGGAAUAAAAGACAUACACAUGUCUUGUCUGCA